GAAGAGUUUGAAAUAGUCCGCUCCACCAUUUAGGGGUUUGUUGGCCCACAAACCAACAUGUGUGUGGGUCCCGCAUCCGCAUUCUUCACAUUGCAUAUUCUCUCCUUUCCAAACUAAUCAAUUCUUGUUUAAACGGUCGGUGGUAGUCUCGGCGCCGGACGCUUUCAACCGCAAUCCAAUCCUGAGUUCUUGAUGGCACCUGCUUGGGGACGGUGGUCCAAAUUAGCCGCUUUAGUGGCGGCGGUGGCCAUUCUGAGAGAGCUAGGGAAGAGAUACGGAUGGGAAUUUGAUAGAGAAGCGGCUCUCAAGGUGUUCACCCAAUGGUCUGAUCGAUUGGGUGUAUGGGCCAUGCCUGCCUAUGUCGGCAUCCAUACCUUCACACUUGCUCUCUGUUUGCCUUAUGCCGUCUUCUUCGAAGCCACUGCUUCUUUGCUUUUCGGUUUCUUCCCUGCCGUGAUUUGCGUUUUCUCUGCCAAGGUCCUUGGGGCUUCCCUCUCCUUCUGGAUCGGCAGGUUACUUUUUACGAAUUCAAGUUCAGCCAUGGAGUGGGCACAGAGGAAUAAAUAUUUCCACCUUCUUUCUAGAGGAGUAGAGCAAGAUGGUUGGAAAUUUGUCCUUCUUGCUCGCUUUUCACCGAUUCCCUCAUAUGUUAUAAAUUAUGCUCUUGCUGCAACCAAAGUCGGGUUCUUUCUUGAUUUUCUACUGCCAACUGUAAUUGGAUGCAUGCCGAUGAUACUUCAGAACACGUCGAUUGGCAGUCUUGCUGGUGCUGCAGUUGCUUCAGCGUCGGGAUCUCAUAAAUCUCAGAUAUGGUCAUACAUUUUCCCUGUACUUGGUAUCGGAUCAAGCAUUCUAAUUUCCUGGAGGAUUAAAAAGUACUCUAGUGGACUCAAAAUGACGGGAAGUUCUUCCAGUGAUGAAGGGAAUGACAAUGUUGACCCAUCCAAAACCAAGGAGUUUAAGAAAACUCAAUAAUCUUUAGCGACAUUCAGAUAAGUUUAAACUUUUAGAAAAUAUACUUUCAUUCAUGCUUUGAAUGCCCUGGACAAAUGUCCAUGACAUCCGAAGUUUUUCUGUUCUUCCUCAAGAAAUUAUUAGAUUUAUGGAAUAUUCUCCUCAUGAUUAACCCAAGCCUAUAACAUAUUAAAGACUAUAACAUUUGAAUCUUAA